AUGGCUUGGAACAUUCUGGUCAAUCAGUAUAGAACAGGCAAUCUGUGUCUUCCUUUCCUGCAGGGCACGUUCCUGAUGGCGCAACUAGAUCUCGCCGAUGGUCGGUCAGAUCGAGGUUACAAUAGUGUCGCCCUUGCACUUCGAGCGCUACAGUCGGUCGGGCUGAACAGAAGCGAUGGCUACACCUCGCUUCAGACUACAGCUGAUCAAGAAGACUGGAAGCGCAUUACAUGGGCAUUUUUCAUGCUUGACCGCAAUUACAAUGCCUCCCGGACCUAUUCAAUCUGCCUGAGCGACAAGCAUUUCACAUUACCCUUUCCUUCUCCGAAUGCGUCUGGUACAGACCGUGGAUGCUCCAGCUCAUGUGGUAGACUGUACGACGGACCUGGAAAACUAGGGAAAAAGGUAGAUGAUGAGAUUCUGGCGUGUCUCAUUCGGCUUUCCUCUAUCUGGGGCAAGCUCACAGAGUAUGUGUUCGAGCCUUCUGAUGAGGAUAGAUGCCCCCCAUGGCAGUCAGGUUCGACAUGGGCAGGGCUAGAAUCGGACUGGAUGCAAUUUCAAACGCACUUCGCGGAUACACACCGCUACAUGAAUGUCGAUUUUUGCCGACGGGCGCGCGAGGAGCCUGGCUCGCGUGCUUACUUGUCCACCUGGCUAUGCGUUCAAUUUCUCUUCCAUUCGAUACAGGCAUUGCUGCACCACCCAUUUGUCGUCACGAGUAAGCUUCGGCAGUACGGGCAAAACAUACCUUCUACCUUUCUGCAGAAAUCAUUCGAGAGCUCCGUCAUCCAUUCCAGAUGGAUUGCCCGGUUUGUGCGGGAGAUGAACGAGGUGGACUUCAAGCUCUACGACCCAUUUAUUGGGUAUCUCUGCGCGAUUGCGGCCACGAUCCAGUUGGAGCAUUCUCAGAGUAAAAAGCAGCAAGUUGCCCGCCUGGCCAAGAAUGACUACGAAACGCUUGUGGCAUUCGUGACUGGCUUAUCGGCGUACUGGGGGAAUAUGGGAGUCUUGGUGCGUGAACCCGAAUUGGCAAUUAUAGCAGUGCUGAUGCUUCUUCAGGCCGAUAGGUUGAAAAAAAUUGCUGAACGACGCAAGGACUAUGGUUCACUGUAUCAUAAUCAGGAAGAGUUCUCCGGCAUUCUUCCCUGCAUGCCAGCCUCGUCUGAUCUACCUCGCAUGUCUGCUGAGGACGAGCGUUUGAUGUGGGAUAUUCUUGACUUUGGUACGUCCUGUAGCUUUGCUAAGGCAUCUAAAUUCGAUGCGUCGAGUUCUUCGCCCGACCACCAUAUGGGAGGAGUAUCUGUGCCGUGGCCUCUGGACGGCUCUUCACCGACAGGACAUGAUGUAGUAGAAGAGGUAAUGGUUGAUCUUCCAAGAUCACAAACUCAAGAGCCUCGACCCGCUACAGACUCUCUUGAGCAUUGUCUUCCUUCGGAGUGGCCGAUAUCAAAUACUGAUGAGCUGGGAUUGGCAAUGCCUGAUGCUGCGGAGUGGUUUCUCUUUGGAGGUUAUUUGCCGGAGCAGUUAUGA